AACAUUGUGUCAGUUUGUGGCUAUAAAUUAAUUUAUUUAUUUACAAAUGUCACCAGCAAUAAAACAUGCCUAGGGAGAGUAGAAAACAGCUCUCAAUGAGCUCUUUUCUGGGCCUAGGACAGAGCCAGUCGAAAGAUAAACCUCAUGUAAGGACAAUACCGUCAAAGGUCUGCAAUCCAAUAUAUCUCGACUCGUCCUCCGAUGAUGAUCUUCCGGCCCCUGUCAAUAAUACUACGCUCAUUAAAAAGUACAGCUUUAAAAAUGCUACUCAAUCGCCUCCUAAUCCUUGUAUUCAAUUAAAAAAGGAAUCUACUCGAGCAACUGAAGAAACUAAACCAGCUACUGAUUCAACACCAAAAUUGAAAUUUGAAAAUUUGGAUGAUAUACUAAAACAGGAUGUAAACUAUCAGGCGACUCUGGCUAAGCUUAAUGGGCACAUUGAUAAGCUUAAGCUAACACCACGAUUAUCGCUUUCCACCUCCAUCAAGUCUCAACAGUCGGAGAAUAUAACACCAAAUUCUUCAAAUGCCAGUACUAACCUGGAUGACAGCUUUGAUUUGAUGGUAAAACAAACACAAAAUCCCUAUGAGCUAGAUUCAAAGGAAAAGCAAAUGCCACAGAAGGCAGUGAAAAGUCCUACUAAACCGCAAAAACAUGGUUGUAGCCAAGAGAAUAAGGGUCCUUUGAAAGAGUCUUUAACUCCACCUGCAGCUACAACACCGAAAAUAAGCGUUGUCUUUGAUAGCACGCUGGUUGACUAUUUGCACAAUCUAGCGCAAAAUGACAAUCUUAAGGUUGAUAAUAUUGAGAACAAUGAACAUAUUCUAAAGGCCACUUUCAACUGCUGUAAGUCAACGUAUAUGGAGCUUAUGGAAAAGUACUGCGAGCUUUUGGACCAAAUACCUGCUUCGUGGUUCAACGAAGUUUCAGGUUUUGAGACAAACACAUUUCUUAAAUUAAAGUUUAUGCGUCAGAAGAUGAAGGAGAAAAUGGAGCUGCUACAAAUUAGGACAGCAAAGGUACAACGCGAGCGCGAGGAGUGCAUACCGGAUGCUUACAGUGAUGAACUAGAACUGGCGGAACAAGAAAUUCUGGAGGAACAGCAAAAACAGAAUCCAACAAGUUAUGUGAAUGAGGCACCUGAUGAUUUGGAUGACCUUAUACCCGCCCCUAGAACAGAUCAGAAUAUUGCAGUAAAUUCAACGCAUACAUCGACACUUAAAAAGCCGCAAAAGCAAACAGAUAUUCGUCCGCACGGAUCUAUGGUUUACGAUCUGUGCGAAGGGUCGGAUAAUGAUAACAGCAUCACAUUGGGCUCCGAUAAAGCGCAGCCAUCCAAAUUUAAGCAGACUGUAUUAGAGUCUGACGAUGAUUUGGAUGAUGUCUUAGCGGAAAUAGCUGAUGAGCAUGACUCGCUAAAUGGACGAAAAUCUGUGUACAAUAAUUAUGCAUAUAGAGACUUUGAGGAAAAAAAAAAAACUUCAAACGCUGCAGAAAAGUCCGAUCGCAAUAUAACAUAUCCAACCAACUCCAAAGCCGGGGCAACUCUGGAUGACGAGGGCUUUCCAGUUUACGAUGAAGCCGAGUUUGAAAGAGUUUAUGAAUUAGCAGCGUCUCAAGUGCAGUCCUCCAAAGCCGUGAGCUCUGAAAAGCCUGUUUCCAGCUGUAGCUCUGCUCCCAAAGCUAAUGCUACCCAGACGAAUAGCUUGUCCGGAAAUUUUCAUAAUAAUGUGCAUAAUGAUGGCGUAACCGGGGAGUUUGAUGGUCAGCAUUUCGAGCACUCUACGCGUCUCAUGACCGCACUUGGCUAUAACUUUGGUCUAAAGAGUUUCCGACCCAAUCAGUUGCAGGUGAUUAAUGCCACAUUGCUUGGCAAGGACUGCUUUGUACUCAUGCCCACCGGAGGCGGUAAAUCCCUCUGUUACCAACUUCCUGCCAUCCUUACGGAAGGAGUUACUAUUGUUAUAAGUCCUCUGAAGUCAUUAAUCUUUGAUCAAGUAAAUAAGUUGGCCUCCCUGGAUAUUUACGCUACGAGCCUGUCCGGGGAACAAACGUUAGAGGCAGCGCGCACCGUAUACAACGACCUUAGCCAACGGCCUCCCCUCAUCAAGCUGCUUUAUGUUACGCCAGAAAAAAUAAGCAGCUCUCCACGUUUCCAGGACAUGCUCGAUAAACUACAUGAGAACAAUUACAUCAGUCGCUUUGUGAUCGACGAAGCGCACUGUGUUUCGCAAUGGGGUCACGACUUUAGGCCCGACUAUAAAAAGCUCGGGAUUCUGCGCAAACGUUUUCCCAAUGUGCCGACGAUGGCGCUGACAGCCACAGCCACUCCGCGUGUCCGUUUGGACAUCAUACAGCAGCUGAAUCUAAGCCAUUGCAAGUGGUUUCUUUCCAGCUUUAAUCGCAGCAAUUUGCGCUAUAAAGUAUUGCCCAAGCAUGGUGUAGCCACAUUAGACGACAUUAGCGGCUAUAUUAAAACACGUCCGAGUACAGCUAGUGGCAUUAUCUAUUGCUUAUCGCGCAAGGAGUGCGAGGAUGUGGCGAAGAAAAUGUGCAGCAACGGCAUAAGAUCGGCGGCCUACCACGCCGGUCUAUCGGAUACGGAGCGUGAAUCGAGACAGAGGGAUUGGCUAAUGAAUAAGGUGCGUGUUAUUUGCGCCACUAUAGCCUUUGGCAUGGGCAUCGAUAAGCCCGAUGUUCGCUUUGUUCUUCACUAUUCGCUGCCAAAGUCGAUUGAAGGCUACUAUCAGGAGGCGGGACGCGCUGGUCGCGAUGGGGACCUGGCCGAUUGCAUACUCUAUUAUAAUUACUCCGAUAUGUUGCGCCUCAAGAAAAUGUUGGACAUGGAUCGUGCGCUGCGCUAUGAUGUGAAAAAAAUGCACAUUGAUAAUUUAUAUCGUAUUGUUGGCUACUGCGAGAACAUCACCGACUGCCGGCGUGCUUUGCAAUUGGAUUACUUUGGAGAACACUUCACCAGCGAGCAGUGUCUGGAGAACCGGCGCUCAGCCUGUGAUAAUUGCAUAAAAAAGGAAGAUUUCCAGCAGAUAGAUGUGCUGGAGCAGUGUCGAAAGGUGGCACUUGCUGUAAAGGAUAUAUGCAGCGGUCGCUCGCGCUUUACCCUGCUACAUGUGGCCGAUGUCCUUAAGGGUUCCAUGAUUAAAAAGAUUGUAGAUUUCGGGCAUAAUAAAACGCCCCAUCAUGGUGCAAUGAAGGAUUGGGAUAAGAUGGAUGUGCAGCGGCUACUGCGGCGUAUGGUAAUCGAUGGCUACCUGCGGGAAGACCUCAUCUUCACCCAAGACAUACCACAGGCCUAUUUGUACUUGGGACCACGCAUUAGUGAACUAAUGAAUGGAAAACCAAGCAUAUUGUUUGCUCUCAUGCGCAAGCGUGGCGCUCGCACAGUGGCCACCGUAUCUGAUUCGGCUCCGGCUACCGCUGGAGCGAAGGCCGGACUGGACUUUCGUGAUAUACAGGAGCGCUGUUAUAAUGAUCUUCUGGAUCUGUGCCGCACCAUAGCAGCAGCGCGUAACGUUACCAUGGCCAGUAUAAUGAACAUGCAGGCGCUUAAGGCUAUGGCCGAACAGUUGCCGGAGACGGAAAAGGAUAUGUGCGCUAUGCCACACGUUACCAAAGCGAAUUUCGAUAAAUAUGGUGCCAAGCUCUUGGAAAUUACCCGCAACUAUGCCUCAGAGAAGCUCUGUAUGCUGCUUGCCAUGGAUGAUGAAGAGGAGGCGGCUGCUUCAGGUUCUGCUACAGCAACUACCACUAUCGGUGAAAGUAGACAAAAUUUCGGUAACGACGAUUGGGACCGUGAGGCAGCAUUACAAGGUGAUAAGGGCGGCGGCGGCACCCGCGGCGGUAAACGAAAACGAGUGGGGCGAGGCCGCACUGCAGGCGCUGCCAAGAAGUACAGAAGUAGUACAAGCACCACUAGAUCGCCAUCAGCAGGAAAUAAGGCGACCCGCAGCAGCAGAGGGGCACGUUCGUCGACCAAACGUGGUGGUGGUACCGGCUCUGGGUCCAGCGGCUGGAUUGGUAAGAAGACAGGUACCAGUAGUGGUUUUCAAUUGAUGCCUUUACCCGGUUCACGUUAAAUAUGCAAUGCUGUCUGUGAAUUCACAACUUUUAAUCUUAAUUUUUUGUAUAAAGAAAAAUAAAGCGGCUUGCGUAGAUGUUAAAGCU